AUGGGUUUUACACCCAAAAACAAAAGCGAUAAUAAGAAGAAGACGCGAGUUCUUUGUUAUUACUAUAUCAAAAAAGAUAAUGUAGAAUAUCGUGGCAUUUUCACAACUAAAGAAAAAAACGAUUUUAUGAAUGAAUCAAAGCUUAUAAGAAAUCAAAAUAUGCAAGCACAAACAGUACCACAAAAUAUACCAACACAAACAGUACCACAAAAUAUACCAACACAAACAGAAACACAAAAUAUUCCAACACAAACAGAACUAGCAACAACGGAAAUAGAAGAAGCACCUAUUCAGACUAACUCAGGAGAACUAGUUCUAACAACUAGGCCUCAAGAAGUAGAAAGUUCUCCACAAACUCAAUUUGAUGAUUUCCGACAAAACCAACAUAUUGAACAACAAAAUCAUUUUCAAUACUCACCUGACCAAUUAGUGGAUCGCUUUGCAGAUAUUUCGAAUCAGAGUAAGCUAUCCAAUGAUAUUCCUUGUUUGAAAGGCAUAAUGGACUACCAUCUGAAUCUGUUUCUUUCAAAAUUAAAUGUUAAUUCAGUUCUAGAACUUAUACAAAAUAAGGAUUCAACCCGAAUUGGGAUACUGAUUCAAUAUCUGCCUAAUUUCGGCAAUCAAGAUUUUUGA